AUGCACAUUCAAGAAAUCAUUAUCGAUGGUUUCAAAUCAUACGCCAAGCGAACCGUUAUUCAGGGCUUCGACCCCAUGUUCAACGCCAUUACUGGUUUGAAUGGAAGUGGAAAGUCAAACAUUCUUGAUUCUAUCUGCUUUGUUCUUGGCAUCUCGAGGCUGGAGCAGGUGCGAGCAGGAUCACUACAGGAGUUGGUGUACAAGCAGGGGCAGGCCGGAGUAACCAAGGCGACAGUAACGAUCGUGUUCGACAACAAAGACAAGAAGGGAUCUCCUGUUGGAUAUGAAUCCUACGAUGAGAUUGCUGUCUGUAGACAGGUGGCCAUCGGCGGUCGCAACAAGUACCUUAUCAACGGUCAUGUUGCCCAACAAAACAAAGUACAAAACUUGUUUCACUCUGUCCAAUUGAAUAUCAACAACCCACAUUUCCUGAUCAUGCAGGGAAGGAUCACUAAGGUGAUCAACAUGUCUCCACAAGAGAUUCUCGGGUUGAUUGCGGAGGCUGCUGGAACCAAGAUGUAUGAGAGCAAGAAGGAGGCGGCCUUGAAAACCAUCGAAAAGAAAGAGACUAAACUCGAAGAAAUUCAAAGGAUUUUGAAGGAAGACAUCACCCCAACCUUGGAGAAGUUGCGGACAGAACGUGCUGCAUAUAUCCAAUGGACUUCUGGCAAUACAGAGCGCGAGAGGUUGGAACGAUUUUGUACAGCAUGGGAAUUCACUCAGGCAGAGAACCUGACGAGAAAAGCUGCUGAUGAGAUGUUGCAAAUGGAAGCAGACAAGAAGGACAUGGAGAAGAAGUGCAAGGACUUGUCUGCAGAGAUUGCUGAAAAGGAAGAAAUCGUCAAGUCUCUGCAGCGAGCCAAGGCAAAUGAGAUGGGAGGAGAAAUGAAGGAGCUGGAGGCCAAGUCGAAUGAGCUGAGCAAAGCGCUAGUCAAGGCAACCACUACCUGGCAGCACAGCAAGGAAAACCUUGACAGCGAGAAGAAAGCCGUGGACAAGACUCGCAAACAGCACAAAGAUCUUCAGAAAGUGCUGGAUUCGAACAAAGCCAAAGUCUCCAAGGCCGAAAAGAGUGUGCAGGAUAUCACCGAGCAAGUCGCUGGCUGCCAAGGCAAGUUGACAGACCUACAAAGGCAGAAGCAGGGCCUGCAAGCUGGAUGCGAUGCAGACAGCAAGGAGGGCGAGAAGUCUCUUGCUGACCAGCUGAAGGAUGCCAAGACCCACUUGUCGCAGCGUCAGAAGGGAGCGAAGAACGCAGGAAAGGAAUACGAGCAGCUACAGCACCUGCUAGAAAGCAAGGGAGGUUCUGAUUGUUUCUCACAGGACGAGCUCAAGGCUCAGAUCUCCUUAGAGGAAGCAGCUGUAAGAAAGCUUCAGGAGGAAGUUGAUGCUCUCUCCGCCCAGAUAAGCAACUUUGAUGUUCAGUACACCUCUCCUUCCUCCUCCUUUGAUCGAUCAAAAGUCAAGGGCAUUGUAGCAUCCCUGGUCAAACUCAAGGACAAGUCGACCGCGACUGCCAUCGAGGUUGCCGCAGGCGCCAAGUUGUAUCAGUUGGUUGUUAAGGAUGAAGAGACUGGCAAGCAGAUCUUAAAGAAUGGGCAGCUCAAGAAGAGGGUCACUAUUAUCCCCCUCAACAAGAUUCAGGCCUCUACUGUUCCAGACAGCAUUCUCAAGACGGCUUCGAAGAGUUUGGGACCCGAGAGAGCCAGGUUGGCCCUGGAAUUCGUGGGCUACGACGACGAGGUGGAGGCUGCGAUGAAGUACGUACUCGGGAAGACGAUGGUCUGCAAGGACGUCGAGGCUGCCAAGUCGUGCGCUUUCAACGAAGGCAUCAGGGUGAAGUCCGUGACCCUGGAGGGUGACCUCUUCGACCCUGCCGGGACCCUCACUGGAGGGACGCGCGCACCUACCUCCUCCUCGAUCUUGACCAGAUUCGGUCAGCCUACGAGGAGCCCUUGGGUUGCGUUGACGUUGGGUGCAGGUGAUCUGCUCGACAAGAAGGAGGAGCUGGAGCAGAGGGAGAAGAAGCUCAAGGCCCUCAAGGCACAAGUAAAGGCCCCGUGUGAGGCGAUGUCCUCCGAUGUGAGCAUGGCAAGUCAACCCCUUGACCAUUCUCAUCAGGCUGCUGAAGAGCUGCGAUCUAUGGAGGAGGAGGUCAACGCCGGCGACCAGAAGAUUGCAGAGAAGACGAAGGAGAAGGAAGAGGCAUCAGCCCUUGUGAAGCGCCUGGAGAAACAGAUCCAGGAGUACUCCAAGUCGUGGGACAAGCUGCUGGCAGCCAAGGAGAAGGAGAUUGCCGAGACCAAGGAGCUCCUCACACAGCUCAACGCCAAGUUGAAGGCGACGCGUGAAGAGAACGAGAGCAUCUUGCUGGAUUCUCAAGCGAGUGCCGAAGAAUUGAAGACCAUCGAAGAGCAGAUAGCUGCUGGAGAGGAGGUCGUGGCGAAGUGCGAGGAGGAAGUCGCCGCUCUUGAGCAGACAGUGACAGCCAAGCGAAGCGCGUUCGACGAGGCCGAGGCGGAGCUCAAGGAGAGGAGGGAUGCGAUCAAGCAGGCCGACAAAGACAUCCAGGAAGCUAGCAAGGAGUGCGAAAAGACCGAGAAGAAGCUGGAGGAGCAGAAGAUCGCGAUCAAGAAGCUCGAGCAUCAGAUUGCCCGGUUCGACAAGGACUCGCUGGAGGCCAAGAAAGCCGUUGAACACUUCCUGCGCGUGCACUCGUGGAUCUCGACUGAGCGAGCUCAGUUCGGCAAGGCUGGAGGAGACUACGACUUCAAGGCUAACGACCCCAAGAAAGCCCAGGAGAGAAUGAAGGAGCUGGUGGAACAGCAUGAGAAGCUCGGCAAGAAGAUCAACAAGAAAGUGAUGGGCAUGUUCGAGAAGGCGGAGCAGGAGUACCAGGAAGUGAUGGAGAAAAAGAGGAUCGUCGAGAACGACAAGAGGAAGAUCGAGAUGGUGAUGGAGGAGCUCGACGAGAAGAAGAAUCAGGCGCUAAAGACCACCUGGACUAAGGUCAAUCGCGACUUCAGCUCCAUCUUCCAGACCCUACUCCCCAAUGCCCGCGCCAAGCUUGAACCUCCCGAGGGCGGAAGCGUUCUUGACGGCCUCGUCCUGCGUGUUGGGUUCGGUGACUGCUGGAAGGAGUCUCUGAGCGAGCUGAGCGGAGGACAGAGGUCUCUCCUUGCCCUCUCUCUCAUCCUCGCCCUCCUCCUCUUCAAGCCAGCUCCGAUGUACAUCCUCGACGAGAUCGAUGCCGCUCUUGACUUGAGCCACACGCAAAACAUCGGACACAUGCUCAAGACGCACUUCAAGAACUCUCAGUUCAUCAUUGUCUCGCUCAAGGAGGGCAUGUUCAACAACGCUAACGUGCUCUUCCGCACCAAGUUCGUCGAUGGUGUUAGCACCGUCACAAGAACGACUCCAGGACAGAAGGCGUGA